AAAGAAGUAGAGAGAGAAGGCGAAGGAAAAAGGGGUUUUCUUCUUCAGCUGAAAAAAAUUCACACUUCUUCAACUGCUCCGCUUUCUUCUCCGGCGACUCCGCCGCCGCCUACUCCACUAUCCUCGUCGGAAGAUGUGAUCCACACUUCUUUUCUCUCUCGCGGUGUUUAAUUUUUCACUGUUUCUCUCUCAUAAGUGAGUUCUUGCCUUUGAGACAGUUUAGUCUUUCUAGCAUUAGGUGAGGAACGAGAUGGAUGAAAGCGGACGAGAGAACACAAGACAGAGGAUGGAUGGCUACCAUAAGGUGCCAGUGCCACAGUGGAAUCCGAUGCCCCAGUAUCAGAUUAAGGAGCCAAUUGCAUUCCAACUUAAUUCCAAACUCAUGAUGCUCUGCAACGAAAGGGAUGAUGCCACACGAGAGCGAGACAGAGCACUGACUGAGAAGAAGUCGGCUUUGGAUGAAAGAGACGUGGCUAUUAAGCAACUAGAUGCAGCAAUCGCAGAGAGGGAUGAAGCCCUAAGAGAACGCGACAAUGCCAUUGCUGCACUUCAAUUCCAUGAGAGCACAAUGAACGAUCUAGUGAACAGUAGUGCACGUGGAUCUAAGCGUGCACAUCAUCCUAUGAAAGAAGAUUGCAUACGUGACGCAUUUCCAGUGUCCCAGGUUCCACACGAAUCUCCAGUUCCAAAGAAAGGGACGAGGGCGAAAGCUAACAAGGAUGCUCAGGCGAGAUCUGCUAGAUCACCAAAGAAAGUGAAGAAGAUAGGGGAGGAUCUGAAUAGGCAAGUCAAAACCGAAGGCUACAAGACUGAAUGGGAUGCUCAGGAUCUUGGUUCCAUGAACCAGAUAAUGUUUGAUGAGUCGAGCAUGCCAGGGCCCGUUUGCUCAUGCACUGGAGUUCCCCGGCAGUGCUACAAGUGGGGCAAUGGGGGCUGGCAGUCUUCAUGCUGCACCACCUCCCUGUCGAUGUACCCUCUGCCUCAAAUGCCGAACAAGAGGCAUGCACGGAUGGGAGGCCGGAAAAUGAGUGGGAGCGUCUUCAGCAGAUUGCUCACGAGACUGGCGGAAGCCGGGCAGGAUUUGUCGGUUUCCGUUGAUUUGAAAGAGUACUGGGCUAAACAUGGAACAAAUCGCUACAUUACCAUCAAGUAAUGUUCUUCCUCGGUUUCGGAUGAAUUAAGCAAGGCCUCAAAUUGGUUGAGUUACAUUUCACUUCUUGAUGGCCUUUGGUUGUGCACUUUGUUAUGUGGGGUUAGAUUGGAGAUGCUAAGUAAUGUUGUAAAUUUGUAACAUUUCAGUUUGGGUUAAGAGUUUGUGUGUUUUCGUGUGUAUCGUCGAUCCAAACAACUUAGUUGGGAAGACGUUUUCUUUCCAACCAGUUGGUCGGAGGUUCAAGUCUUGUUGUAUGACUAUGGGAUCAAUGAAAAACCAUCAUCGAUUCUCGCAAA